AUGGCAUCCAGCCAGCCCGAGCAUCCUUCAGAGGACGAAGACCACCUUGAAGAUGAGACCGUUUCUCAGUACGGCCCGGAUGAUGAUGAUGAAGAGGUGGAUACGCGUGGUUGUUUCCCAGACUCUGAGGAUCGUGUUGAGGAGGAAUCGGAAGUUGAAGAGGACGAGGGGGACGAUGACGAAGAUGGUGAUGACGAAGAUGGUGAUGACGACGACAACGAGCUCACUAUUCCUCGACCGGCAAUUGAUGGACCCUUUGACCCAACCAAUUCCCCCUCCAGCCUCGACGAGCCUGAGGAUGUCUGCCUUGAGAGGUGCGACAGAAGAGUGGGAAAUACAACGGAGUUCCUGAAGAUGAAGACAGAUGAGACCGACUGGGACGAGACGAUCUCAGCAGAAACUUGGGUCUAUCGUGGUUUCAAGCGGCCGAUAGGGAGGUCUUCAGCGGAGAAGAUUAGCCAAAUAUUCAAAGAGGUCAUCCCAGCAUCAACAAGAGCAAUUCUUGGGCGUUCUACUCUCACCAACGAGGAUAUCAUGGCUCUACCAAGCGUUGAUGACUCGCUCGGUUGUCCUGGCGUCUAUGUGAUCUUUUUGACACAACCUGAUGACAAGGAGCUUCAGGUGCUUGACGAAGAAUUGAUCGAGUCCAACACUGAUCAGCAGGUCGAGGUUCCCAGUGGACUGUAUACAGGAUCCAGCAUCAAAAGUGUUUCUGGGCGCUGUGUCGACCAUCGUGCCAAGUUCAAGCAAAUUGCUAGGACAAAAUUACGCAAUGAUCGAGUCUUACCUAAUGGCGAUAUAGCGAUGUAUCUCUACUGCUAUGCCAAGAAGUAUGGGCUUGUACCGUCUUAUCGACAAAUUGCAAUUUUUCCGAGCCAGUUGGAGGAGAUCGAAGUUCCACAUGCGGAUACGAGAUGGCUCGUUCGCCUGCUUGAGCAAGUGGUGAUACAUCUACUGGACACUUAUGGAUCCAGUCAAACCAGAAAAUCCAGACGACUUUACGGUUAUACCAAUGAGAUGUACCUCGAGUCACUUGCACAGUGCGAGAUACCCCUAAACAUUUUUCAUCCUCUCAACCACGCCAUGCCAUUGAAACAGAAGUGCGGAUGGACUGUUGAGGAGACGCGACCGAGAAGCCCGGGAAAACAAACAUUCAAACCUGACGUGUUUGAGCUGUGGGAAUUCGAAUCCCACUGCCUGGAAGACGUACCGAACAUCCACGGGUCUUUUGGAAUCAAGGCCAGCGACCUCGAGGCGCUUGAAAUUCGGUGUGAAGAUUGUCAUGUGCUCUACGCAAAGAGGUGGUGUACUCUCGGCAAGAAAUCGCUCGAUCGGACCCAGGACAGCAAUCUAACAUGGGAUCGCAUAAUUUGUGGCAAUUGUUACCAAAAGCGCAACAUGAACUUAGCCAGAAAGGCUAGGGGGAAGGCUAAGAAAAAAGGUAAGGGCAAAGGUAAAGGUAAAGGGAAGAAGAAGGGUAAGAGGAAAGCUAAGACCGGCCCAAGUGCGAAAUUGGUCUUUGAGAAUAAGUAUCACGAUGAACGAAAGGAGGGGAAUGAAACAUGGCAAGAGCAGAAAGGUAGAAAGGUGAAGCAAGAUAGGCCGUUCAAGGAAACUAAACUUCUUGUUGCCUACUUGAUACGAGUCCACGGGAGGGACUUCAGAGCCGACAAGAUUAUUGAUGAGAAGGUGGCGAAUGACAGUUCGAAUGACAGUUUGGGGCGUGGGCUGUCUACGAACCUGUCUUCUACGGAGUUGUCUUUUAUGGAUCUCUCGAUCCCGUUCCUGUUCUUCUUCGCGAUCCUGGUCCUGUCCCUUGUGUUGUUCCUGUUCAAGCUACUGUUCAGGCUCCCGUUCAGGCUCCCGUUCCUUUUGUGGAGGAGAUACAGGGCAUAUUCCUAG